CUCGCGCCUUCCCUCUUGUCUCUCUUGUCGCUGCUCGAGCCUGCUAGCCGUAGGUGUGUGUGUUGUUGUCGAAGCAAUGAUGGCGGCAGCGGGAUGCGGAUCAGCAACCGCGGCUGCCGGGGGAGGCCAAGGUGGAACCGCCACGGCCAGAGGUCGUUUUCCCGGUCGGCCUUGGUCAUCUCGUAGUCGUUUGCGUUCCGAGAAGCGCUGGCAACUCGGACGCUCAGGCUUAGAAGCUGAUGAUGUGACUUACGGAGGGCCAAGGCCCGCAAACCUGGUUGUAUCGUUAAACGAAGACCAGUCUCACUUGCGCUUACUUGGAAUAGAGGCGAGUCACAAGACCCUUGGCCAGGCUGGGUACAGCUCUAGUGGGAGUGAAGAGGUGAGGUCCCAAACCGGCUCAGGAGGUGAUGACUUCCAAGGGUUUGAAGCUCUUGGCAAAAGGUCUAAAGGAGUGCCAGGGUCUCGGAAAAACACUUCAAAAGGUAAUGUCAACACAAAGUCUAAACGACAAAAGGAGAAGGCAGUCCCUGUUACACCAGUUGAGAAAGUAGCUGUCUGUUCACCUGACCCUGUUAAAGAUGAACCUCUGGUGGAGGAGAAUCCCACUCCAUCUUCCAAAUCAGAACCUACCAAAGGUUCUAGGAAGCGUUCUAAAGUCAAGAACACUGUGGAUCUGGAGCUGACCAAAGGCGUAGCAUUGUCACCAGCACCUAGGAUUACAAUAAAGUUGGUGACAAAAAAGAAAAUUAAACGACUAAAGAAACCUCGUGAAAAGUCUAUCAAGAAGAUGAAGCUAAAAGGAGUUGUGGCAAAACCCCAAGAUGAGAACGUUCAGGCUGAAAACAUUUCUAGUGCUCAUGUUAAAUUAAAAACUAAACCACCUGAGGAUGCUGGAAACAGCAAAGGAGAGGUUACUCUACCUGCAAGAAGACGUGGCCGAUCAGCUUCAAAAGGGACAAUAUCACCUGACAAUUCUGUUUCCACAGUUGUGGCUGAUGACCAGAAAUUGCAAGAGGGAAAAUCAACUGAUAAACCUGACACUAUAAAAGAGACCGUUGAGUUAAAAACAAAUACGAAACAGUCAAAGCGUAAUCAACAAGCCAUUCGGCGAAGCAAUAGAGUCACCAACACGCUUUCGCAACCUGUCAUGGAUAUUGCUGCUGAAACAGUAAAUCCAGUGAAAAGUGAAAAAAUUAUUUCAAAGUCAAAUGUACCCAGAAAGGCCAAGUCAAAUGUUUCUACGAAGAGGGGCAGACGGAGACAAAGUAAAAGGUUAAACAAGGAUGCACCUGUCCAAGAAAACCACAGUCCAUCCUCUACCGAGGCUGAUCCAUUAACCGUUCAACCCAGCGAUAAGUUGCCAUCAAACCAAGAUGAGAGGGUCCCAAGUUUGAAGUUGAUAAAAAUGAGGAACCCCAAAUAUGAUGCUCAUUCCAGCGGGAAGUCGGCUCGAAAAAAGAAGCGAAAAAAAUUCAUUUGGACUUUAUCAUUAAUUAAGAUAGGGUGUGAGAACCAGCCUGCUGAAAACACUGUCAAGCUACCUGAGAGCGUUAAAGAGAUUUCUGAAGUGGACUUGUCCACUCAAAAUGACAGUGUCGUUGACGAAAGCUUGAUGGGGAUAGAGAAGCUGUUAAAAUUGGACAAUAAGGUGCCACAGGAAAGUAUCAUAACAGACAAUGAAGAGCAAAACGGCAAAUACAAGGCAGAUGGAAUAUGUGAGAAAAUUUCUGCCUUACAAGUGGAAGUUAGACAUGAUGGAAAAGAAUGCUCUCAAGAAGGUGCUCACCCGGAUUGUGGGAAAGUUGUCCCUCCCUUUCAAAUUAAAAAGCUUUCCUCUCCGGGCAAACAUAAAAAAUCCAAGACAUCAUUUUUGGUUCAGCAAGUUAGCCCUGUGCCCGAAAAGAAAGACGAUGCUACUAAAGAAGUAGACAAAGUUCAAGAGGAAAACAUUAAAGUCCCAUCUCCUGAGCCGGAUAGCCUUCCAACAAGGACAUUACGAAGGAGGACAUUAAGCCUUGAUUCUCCUCAAAAAACGCCUGUAGUUCGAAAAUCUGUGGCGACUCCACGAAAGCGGCGGUUGAGGACACGCCCCCAAAAUGAAAAUGUACCACACGUGGAUGUGGACACACCUGAUCAGGUUUCAUCAGAAGAGUGCAAAUCACAAGUCCUCCCUGAAAACUCCUCACAGGAAACAAAUGUAGAAUCCUUGCAGGAAUCUAGCAUCGUUGCUGAACCUCUCCAGAUGGAUUCUGAACAGAUAACUGACGCUCCUCUAGCUGAGCCUGUUGAAUCAUCACCGCAAAAAGAGGAAAAGGAGGCCGAACCAGAAUUUGAUGAGGUCAAAUCAUUGCGAGUGCCUUCUAAACCCAAGAGACGUAAGAAUAAUACAUUUGGGAAAAAGAGGUCUGCUAAGAGGAAGAAGGCUGUUAUACCUAAAGAAAGUACAGUAACUACUGAAUUGGUCAGUGUUCAAUCUGAAAACACAGAGUCUCAGCAAAAGGAAGACCAAUCUAUCGUAAUAGAAUUAAGUCAGCCUAAGGAAAAAGAAACUGUGGAGCCUGUGGAAAAGCAGGUCACUGUACCCGUGGAGGAAGAGUUGAAACAGCUACCAGUAAAAGAGGAAACAGACAUUCAGUUGAUAGAUUGUCAGCCAUCAUUAGCUUUGGAAACUCAAGCAAGUGAUCCAAACACAUGCUUACCAAAGAAAUCACAUAAAAAAGGAAAAAAGAGGCGUAAAAGUCUAAUUGGGCAGCGUCAAAAGCACAGACACCGGAAUACAGAUGGAAAGUUUGCGCCUCUUAACUCACCACAAAAUAUGAGAAAAAUUGAAGAGAACAUGUCCAUCCCAUCAGAAGAUAGCGCUUCAGCCUCCGGUUCUAAACUUGUUGGUGUGCAGAAAAAAUACAAAAAGAGACCUACAAUCCAGUUUGACUCGAAAGGGCCACAACGAGAGUCUAUCCUUUCUACGCUGAUAGAAAUUGGAAUUAACAAAGAAGGCAGCGAUCUGAAAGAGGAAGAAACAGACUCGUUUGUAGAUGGGCCACGAGCAGAUGCUGUCGACGCGCCGUCUGGUAAAACUAAGUUUGUCAAAAAUAUCAAACACUUCAUCAUGCCUGUUGUAAGUGCCAGAUCCUCUCGAGUCAUCAAAACCCCACAAAGAUUUAUGGAUGAUGUUGGAAUGUCCAUGUUGCCCCGUAGGAACUCCCCUAAAAAAGGUUUGCAACUGGGCUUGCAAAUACGCACGGGCAAGAGACGAGAUGAAGGGGCGGGACAAGCCAUUUCCCCCAUCCUACCAGUUGACGAGGAGGACAUAGCCCAACUAGAUCUUGACUUAUUUUCAUCUGACGAUCUUGAUGAUACAGCAGAUAUUACUGACAGUUUAUUUUCUGAGGCAAAAAAUGUCAAAAUGGAAAACAAGAGCUCUCUUUUGAAGGACUCCACUUUAAAGUGGGAUUUACCUGCAGAGUUGACGGAGGAAAUUUUCACACUGGACAAAACUCAAGAGAACCAAUGUGAAGAUCUGUUUUUAUCUCCUCCAGUUGAUAAACCCAGAGAAGUCUUGUCUGCUGGUGUUUUGGAUCCUCAGAAAAAGACGCCCUCAAUAAAAUUUAAUAAGCAAGCAGCCCAUUUUAAGAUUUAUCAAAGACUUAACAAGUUGCACAAAGGACUUCCUCAAAGCAAAAGUGCAACAGAUAUGGAAAGUAGCAAAUCUCUCCAGUCGCCUGUUGAUUUAGCUGAAGGACUUGAUGAUGAGGCAAUGAGCAUUAGUUUGAGGCAACGUGACACAGACACUGUGAAGGAAAAAUCCAAGCUCAAGAUCGAAGACCUAGGCACACCAGGAGUUGUGAGAAAAGUUUGUAUAAAAGCUACAAAGUCCAGGUUGCUCGCUGAUCGGGACAGUGAAAAAGAGGAUUCAGCUGUGAAGAAUGUUGUUGAGGUUCCUUCAGCCUCGCUGGAGUCAAUGAAGGAGUCGGCCCCGUGUGAAGACGACCAUCCUGUGUCUGUGGGAAAGGGACCUUCGCAGAGAGCACGACUUACUGGAGCAAAUAAAAGAAUGUUUAACCUGCUAAGAAAAGCCAAAGUCCAGCUGAUGAAGAUUGACCAGCAGAAACAGAUGAAGUCUUCAGGGCUGUUAUCUGGGCCUACUGGCGUCCGAUCGAGAAACUUGACCUCUCAGAGACAAAGGAGAAAGCAGAGGAUGCCCCCUGAGACUGAUGUUUCAAUCAAGACAGAGCCACCUCAAGGACAACCACAGCUCAUCUCGCCACUGUGCCAAGAAUUCCGUCAAGCAGGAGGUCCACGCAUUAAGCACGUAUGCCGCGCUGCUUCCGUGGUGCUUGGACAGCCUCGGGCCUUGGUACCAGAUGACAUUCCCAGGCUAAGCGCUCUGCCUCUGCACGAAAGAACAGGCAUCUCUCCCUCAGCUGUCACAAAGGAUGUUGCGGAUGGCUCUCUGUCAGAAUCAGACAGUCCUGAUUUCUCAGAUUCAAAAGUCACCAAGGUCAAGAGGACCUCCAGCUUUGUGAAACGAAAAGGGCUCGGGCCUUUCGGGUAUCGCUCUCGGAGAUGUGGUGUAUGUAAAGGUUGCAACCAUGAAGACGAUUGUGGGAGGUGCAUUAACUGCCUCGACAAACCCAAGUUUGGUGGUCCCAACACCAAACGACAGUGUUGCGUCUACAAGAGAUGCGAUCAAAUUGAAGAGAGGAAAGCUCGCAGAUUAAGCGGAAGAACAGCACCCAAAGGCUCAAAACGAGGGCGAUCCUCUUUUAGUGGAGGACAUUCAAGUAAUGAUGAAGGGCUGGAAGGAGUGGCAGAUUCACCUUCUGGCCUCCAUGCUGACAGUAACAGUCCUUCUUUGAGAAAGCAGCCAAAGCGUGUUGUAAAACCGCGUGUGUACUUUGAUCUGGUGGACUAUGACUCGGAUUUGGAUGAGAAGGAACUCAGCUCAGCCUCGCCAGCCAGAAGGAAAGGCAAUGGGCCUCGUUCAAGUCAAGACUUUGUUUCAUUGGAUGGAUUCCUUGGGGAUAUAUCAGAUGAUGACAUCCGGCAUCGGAAAUCCAGCUCACAGCGUGUGCCAUCUGCUAGGCGCAAACCUGAGAAGGGUUUGUCAUCACAAGCCUUGUUUGAGGAAACGCCUCCAAGUGUCCUGGCUGCCAUCGCUAAUGGAUUUGAGCAGAGGGAAGUGGAGUCUUCCAAGCCCACUCAUAAAAUACGGGUUGACUUUAAGGAGGACUGUACCUUGGAAAAUGUUUGGAACAUGGGUGGUUUAAGUAUCCUGACCUCUUCACCCAACAUGCCACCUCAUGUGUGCCUUCUCUGUGCCAGUAAAGGGCAACACGAAAUGUUGCAUUGCCAAGUGUGCUGCGAGCCCUUCCACUGGUUUUGCCUUGAAGAGACAGAGCGCCCUUCAAUGGAAAACAAGGAGAACUGGUGCUGUCGUCACUGCAAGUUCUGCCAUGUGUGUGGCAGGAAAAACAAGCAAUCAAAGCCUUUGUUGGAGUGUGAAAGAUGUCAGAACUGCUAUCAUGCUUCCUGUCUCGGACCAAAUUAUCCUAAGCAAAACAAAAAGAGGAAAGCUUGGGUUUGUAUGACGUGUAUCAGGUGUAAGAGUUGUGGGGUUACACCUGGAAAGAGCUGGGACAUUGACUGGAACCACGAUAAAGGACUCUGUCCAGACUGUUCACAUCUGUUCGAACAGGGUAACUACUGCCCAAUCUGUUUCAAGUGCUAUGAGGACAAUGACUAUGACAGUCAGAUGAUGCAGUGUGGUACAUGUAACCAUUGGGUACAUGCCAAGUGUGAGGAUCUAACAGAUGAACUGUAUGAGAUCCUCUCCAGUUUACCAGAGAGUGUGGUGUAUUCAUGUCGGCCAUGCAGUGUGACUCAGCCCAGUGCCUGGAGAGAACUGCUCUACAUCGAGCUGCGAUCUGGAGUAGAGAAAGUUCUAGCCUGCUUACUGUCUUCCACCCUCACUCAGCACCUUGUUACCUGCUCUCUGUGUGAAAAGAUGGUUGGACCUGACAGUGGAAUCGAAGGACGACCCGCCUGUGACCUCAGAGCUGUGGGCAAAAAGUUUGACAAAGGCCUUUAUACGACGUUGAAAAUGUUCCAUGAAGAUGUUGUUCAGGUGAUUAGAAAGAGGCUUGAGCAAGAAGAACACCUUCCAGAGGAGCAAAGGCCCACUGCCCUUGCACGCUCAUACUACUUAAAGCUACUUGAAGAGGUCUUCAAUUGGUUCAACAGUCAAGACCCAAAAGUAUGGAACUCUUGUACCAAAACAUUGCCCAUGGGGAUGCUGUCACAUGCUGUUCAACCUCCUACCACGGAGCAUGUCUAUGCUCAGUGGCAGGAGAGGGAUGAGCUAUCCAGAACUCCUUUGGAACUCCUUCAUGAUGACGAUGGUCAAAAUUUAGACGAAAGGAAAGAUGAGGUAGCUCUUCCAAUGUCUGCAGAGCACGGGAGUUGGAACCAUUUCAAAACAAGCAGUGGCUUUCGGCAUAAAUUGAAAGGAAAAAGGGGAAAGUUUUCAAAAGCGGAUCUGGAUACAGGGUGGUCGAAGGAUGAUGAAAGGCAGUGCUCCUUGUGCCAAAAAUAUGGAGACCGUAAACCCAAUGAUGCGGGCAGGUUGUUGUACUUAGGCCAGAAUGAGUGGGCACAUGUGAACUGCUGUCUGUGGUCAGCUGAGGUUUUUCAAGAGGACGAUGGUGCUUUACUACAUGUCCACAGUGCUGUCACAAGGGGUCGCUUGAUGCGGUGUGAAAGGUGCAACCAGACGGGUGCCACAGUUGGCUGUUGCCUGACGUCCUGUCAGAGCAACUAUCACUUUAUGUGUGCCCGCUCUCGUCAUUGUGUAUUCCAGGAUGACAAGAAGGUCUACUGCCACAAACACAAGCAUCUUAUCAGUGGAAAGGUGAUAACCGGUCAGGAGUUUGAAGUAAAUAGACGGGUAUAUGUGGAUUUUGAAGGCAUCAGCCUCCGCAGAAAGUUCCUCACUGGAUUGGAGCCAGAGUUAAUUAAUGUUAUGAUUGGUUCUCUACAGAUUGAUAAACUUGGUGUCCUGUCAGAACUUUCAGCAAAUAAAGGAAAGUUGUUUCCUGUGGGAUUUAAGUGUUCUCGCUGGUAUUGGAGUACUGUCAAUCCACUGCAAAAAUGCAAAUACACAUGCACAGUACGUGAAUUCCAACCUGUAACACCAGAGAAACCCAUUGAGGAGAUGCCAGACCAAGGAGACAAUCACACCAUUGAGCACAACCCUUGUCCAUUACCGGAAUCUGGGACCCAAGAGACAGAUGCAUUACAAUCGCAGACCCAAACUGAGGAACCUUUUGUUCAAAGUACAAAACCAGAUCACAGUGCAAAGCCAAAGAAUCCCAGCUAUCCACAAACCAGGAGACCAGCUGGAGGACUCUCUCGGCCUUUGCCCUCCCCAGGAGCAAAUCCAAUAAAAUCUCACCACAUACUAACAGUAAGUGAUCUGGAGGAGACCAGAAGGGCUCGACGUCACAACCCCCACACACAGACAACAGGACUACGCAGUAACAUGUCUCCUGCUCCGCUGGGACCCCCAACUGGACCAGUCACUCUUCGAGGGAAAUCUACUCUUCCAGCUUCCCCACUUUUCUCCAAUGCCUCUUCAGACAACCUAAUACAUUCUUCAUCAGUCCGGCCAAUCGGAGGCAGAAGUACUUCCUCACUCCGUUGCCCUGGUAACGCAAAAACCCAUUGUGCCUCAUCUUUUUUUCCUCAGUCCCCCUGGCAGGAGAAUGCAGGAACAUUUGCAUCGCCAAGUUUGUCUUUCUCUCCAUCCCUACAUAAUUUACCAAGGAAUCGGUUAUCUUUUGAUCUGUGCCAAUCAGAUUCUGUCGAAGUGCCGCACAAUUUCUUGGCAUCACCAGAACCGGAAGAUGUCUCCCCUGCAAAUGGCACUUCACCUCAGAGAGACUUGGAUGAACAGAAAGAUGAAGAUGAAUUUCCCUUCACUUCAUAUCCCAAGGAUCCCAGCAUAACUAUGGGACAGGAAAUGAGGACAGAGCUGGAGAUCGAAGAGACGAUUCUGAAUGAAGUUGUAGCUAUGAACUGUGGUGGACAAAUAGUGGUGGAAGGGGAUGAUCAGGAAGAAUUUUGGGGCCGUGCCCAAGACGUACAGAAAAGAAAGACUCUUGUAGCAAGUCUGCCACUGUCUGCAGCAUCAGGCAGGAAUGACCCGGGCAGCACCUCCUCAGAUGAUGAUAUGGAACAUUACUUUGACUUCUCUCGGACCAUUGUUAGCUGUCCUGGGUCUAAAGAUCUUUCCAAGUCUCCUACAUCCACUUCUUCCCGGAACAUGGCUCAAUUGGAUGGUAUAGAUGAUGGAACAGAGAGUGAUGCAAGCAUCUCUACAAGUGAGGAUCCUCACAAAGUUGAUGGUUCUGGCAAAAAGAUUCCAACCAAGAACCUCACUAGAAGUGCUUUCCCUGAAUCAGAAACAUUUCCCAACACCAAUUCAGUUCCGAAUCGGAACCUUAAAGUACCAUCUAAUUCCAAGCACAAGGAGUCCUCAUCUCUGACGAUUUCAUCUGCAAUUAGCAACCCCAUUGACGCAUUUCAGAAUCCUCCAGGAUCCUCAAAAGAAAUCUGUAUGGGGUUAGUUUCGCCACACAUUUCUGUGGUCUCUGCUCACCAAGUGGGUGACAAAAACGAAGAAAAUGUUCUUCCUACUCUUGAGGGUGUCCCUAAUUUACUGGCAAAGGUGCCUGAGAGCUCCUAUUCAGAAGAGUUUCUAGAGAAUUCCUGUCAAGGGUUUGCCCCUGGAAAACCUGCAUUAGAAUUGACAAACCAAAAAUUCCAACAGCCUGAACCAUCAAAACCCCUGAAGUCAAAAUCUGACAGCCACUACCAUGUAUCAUCAGCUGAACUUGCGGUGUUAUCCAACCACAUAACGGAUAACUCCAUGGCAAAUUCCGCUAACAAUGCGCAGCAUUCCCAAAAAUCAAGUGGACAAUGUCCCCAAGAACUUUCAGACUCCCCUCAAAUCUGUUCCAAUCUAUCAGGUCUCACGCAGCCGUCUCUCACAAGUGUUACUCUACAGCCUGUAAACCCAUCACAAGACUCAACCUUUGAGCAAAGGGACACCUUGUCUAAUAAAUUUGCCACCAAAACAGCUGAUGGAGAUCCGACUCAGACUGUGCUCAGUGUUGUACACCAAAGUGAACCUUUGUUAUUAGGGACAAGUGUCCAAGCAGAAACUUCUGGCAGUAUCUCAUUAUCCAUGCCUUCCACUCAGACACAGCCUUUGGGUUCGACAGCAGUCGCCAUUGUAUCUUCCUCUACUUCAUUAUCAUCUAUUCCUGUAGUUAGUGCACCCGCUACGACAUCAGUCCAAACCAACUCAUCCCCGGUGAUUUUAAAUGGCUUCAGCUCUUCAACUGUGCAGAAGGAGGCUUUAUCUGGUCACACGAUCUCAAUCAACUUUUCUACACCAAGACCUGCUUUGGAACCUCAGCAGCCAGUGAUAUCCCCAGUUCUGCCUGGUCACGCAAUUCUUACUGUGAAGGAAGUUGGAGGUCCAAACGUGGAUCCUACACCUCAUGUUCUGUUGGUGAAUCGUCUUGGGCAGAUUUUUGUCAAGAACCCAGACAGUAACACAUUCCAGUUGCCGAAUCCUAAUGCUCCGUCCUUUAACUGUGUCACUCAGAUUGCCAGUCUUUUACAAAGCAAUGCACUGUCCGCCACACUUGCAGCAGCAGGAAACAUGUCUACUCAACCUUCUGGGACAAGCACAAUGUCAACCGCGUCCACAAUAGCCACUAGUUCUGAACAGAAUCCUACCACAAUUUCACAGUUGCUUUCUCACAAUAGCAAUGGGGCUUUGUCAUCAAUUAAUGCCAAAAAGCCAAAAAAGAAUACAAAAAAGCCUAAAGAUGAAACUGCUACAGAAAAGAAGAAGAAUAAGAAAAAGAAAGAAUCCAGUUCAUCCAAAAAAUCCAAGUCCUCCAAGACAGUUGGGCAGUCCAAUUUGUCAACAAAGAGUUCGAACGCAUCUCCCGCUGAGACUGCUGAAGCAAUUAUCAACCAAGCAAUGGCAAGUAACUUCACCCCCAAGUGGGGUGGGCUUCGGACGCUUAAUCCUUCCUCACUGGUUUUGCCGCCUGGCCUACUCAGUGAGCCUGAACCUCUAGCGCCAUGCUCUAAAGCAGCACCCACUCAGACAUCCCGCCCUCGCACCCAUGUCCGCAUGAAGAGAGUGUCUUCACUUUCUGACCGUAUAGUCACAAAAAAGUCUAAAGUGGAUUUCCUACCUUCUGAGCCUACCAGCGAGGAUGAGUGCCACCGACCAAGUGCACCGAGUGUCUCCAGCAGGGCCUCUGGAGUUCGCAUUAAGACUCCCACUGUAAAAGGAAUACUUAACUUGGACGAAUUAAAGCAGGAGCAUCAAAGUGAUUCUGAAAGCUCUGGGUGUGAACGGUGGGAUUAUAUGUCUCGGGGUGAAUACGGCAAGCAGCAGUCUUUGGAGCCAGUGGCUCACAGCACCUUCAUUGAUUGGAAGAAAUACUCUGGUGCCGGUUCAGCCUCAGAUGACGACUCUGUACUGUCUGAUGAUGAAGAGGAGUGUUUGCCAAACAAAGAUCAGCCACACUUGCGUUUCCAGAUAAGAAGUGAUGAUGGCUUCAAUGUGGAGGCUGACACUAUCGAGGUGGCUUGGAAAGCAGUGAUAGAUGGUGUCCAAGAGGCGCGAGCAAUCGCAAAGUUAAGACCUCUGGCAUUCCAGAGGCUCACCGGUGCCCGAAUGCUUGGGCUAAUCCAUGAUGCUGUGGUCUUCUUACUGGAACAACUCGGAGGAGCACACCGCUGCCAACAUCACAGCUUCCGUUUCUUCAAACAGUUCAACCAGGAAGAUGAUCUCCCUGUCAAUCCCACUGGGUGUGCCCGCUCUGAACUCUAUCUUAGGAAAUCCACCUUUGACAUGUUCAACUUCCUGGCAUCACAGCAUCGGCAGCUUCCUGACAUUGGGUCUUAUGAUGAUGAAGAAGAUGAUGUUCUUUUGAAGUCCACAAGACGGGCCACAAGUUUGGAGUUGCCAAUGGCCAUGCGCUUCAGGCACUUGGAAAGGACGUCAAAGGAAGCUGUCGGCGUAUACAGGUCUGCAAUCCACGGGCGUGGACUCUUCUGCAAGAGGAACAUUGAAGGAGGCGAGAUGGUCAUAGAGUAUGCUGGCAUUGUUAUUCGCUCGGUGCUCACGGACAAAAGGGAAAAGUACUAUGAUGGCAAGGGUAUUGGUUGUUACAUGUUCCGCAUUGAUGAUUUCGAUGUGGUGGAUGCAACAAUGCACGGAAAUGCAGCCAGAUUCAUCAACCACUCGUGUGAGCCCAACUGCUAUUCACGAGUGAUCAAUGUGGAGGGCCGUAAGCACAUUGUGAUCUUUGCUUUGAGGAAGAUCUACAGGGGAGAGGAGCUCACCUAUGACUACAAAUUCCCCAUUGAGGAUGCCAGCAACAAGCUCAACUGUAACUGCGGUGCGCGGCGCUGCCGACGCUUCCUCAACUGAGAGAUCUGUUGUAAUUUGAGACAGAGAUAUUCUUGUUUAUCAGAAAGCCUUAAUUUAAGGUGGCACUGGAUUGCGCUCCUACAUGUUGAAGCACGCAGCUUAGAGUGGGAAUUAGCCACUAUUGAUACAAGAAGACAUCGUUCUCUGUGUGUGGAUCAGAGGAGCAGAAGAGGUGGUGGUCCUACACUGAUGCGCAUUUGUUUGAACGGUACCCAAGGCUGCCAGUUGUGACUUCUCACGUUUUGAUUAUUCACAUUAUAGCCGGGGCUUCCCGUUCUCUGUGGACCCCAUCCGCAUUUCUUGGAUACGCACGGCAAGCCUUAUCGGUGGAAAUGUGUUGAAAAGGUACAGCUUGGCUUUGAGAGAUUCCUGAAGUUUUAGUCUUUCUAGAGGAAAGUUGUCUUUCUAUAGUACAUUCGUAAUCAUCUUUGCUCCAUCCUGUAGUGAAGGGAACGUCAAUGCCCCAUGUGUUGUAUUGAGGUCUGUUCUUGAGCCAUAUAUUCACCCAAACCUUAUUUUAUGAUCUACACGUCUCUUUUUUGGGGCGUGUUUUAUUGCUGUUUUUCCCUUCCAGACAACAACCUUGGUGCUAAGCAUUAUAGGGUAUUCUAGAGACUGAGAUGUCCCCCAGAUAAGGAUUGGUUUAGCUGGGUCUUCACCCAUUUUAGAUAAGUGCACUCUGAAAGUAGUUACCAUUGAAUAACGCAUCAUCUUUACUGUCCCUUCACAAGAGUUAAACAUUUGAAAGAAAUGUAGACUUCCUUGAUGUACAGUAUAUGUAGCAAACAC